GACGAAGAGCCAGCGAAGGCCAAGUCUACACCCGCUAAAACGGCUACACCUGCAGCUGUUAAAACGGCUAAACCUGCAUCAAAGCCUGCCACCCCUGCAGCUAAAGCUAAAGCUGCUGCUGCUGCGGCAGAGAGCAGCUCAGAGUCCGACUCGGAAGAAGAACCUGCCAAGCCGGCGGCCAAAAAACCAGCUCCAGCAGCGACCAAGAAGCCUGCAGCUAAAAAGGCAGCAGAGAGCAGCUCUGACUCCUCCUCCGAUUCGGAGACGGAGGCCAAGCCUGCCGUGGCCAACGCAGCCAAGACGGCGCCUGCAGCUAAAGCUGAGGAGAGCAGCUCCUCCGACAGCUCGUCAGAAGAGGAGGAGGCCCCACGCAAAGCGGCCACCGCCCCCACCACCCCCACAGCGAAAACCAACGGAAAGAGAAAAGGAGAUGAAGAGUCAUCAGAAAGUGAGGAGGAGGAGGAGGAAACCCAGCUGAAGACGCCAAAAAACAAGAAAGUAACGACCACACCUCAGACCUUUCCGAAAGCCAACAAGAAGUCCUCCAACAUACCCUUCCGCAGGAUAGUGGAAGAGCACGUGGAUGUGGACCCCCGCCUAGCAGACAACUCCUUUGAUGCUAAGUACGGGGCUAAUGGAGACUGGGGCCAGAAAGCCAACGACGUGCUCAAGUUCACCAAAGGCAAGUCAUUCCGCCACGAGAAGACAAAGAAGAAGAGGGGCAGCUACCGCGGAGGGGCCAUCUCCACCACCGUCAACUCCAUUAAGUUCGACAGCGAC